GUUGCUGUGGGUGGCGCCUGAGGGAGUAUUAGCCAAGAGCCUGUGCCAGGGACCCGCACCGCGUGCAGCCCAACCAAGUGGAACGUGAGCGCACCUGUCAGCUGCUCGACACGCGCCGCUUCCUCGCCGCCCCCACAGUCUUGAUGCCCAUAGAACUGUGCGCCCACCUGCAAGAUGGUGACCGAGAGCCUGAGUACCAGAUCCGUUUGUGCUUUGGCAAGGAGUACCCAGGGCCCCCAGACCAGCCCGAGGAGCGGCUCAUCAUGGCCCAUGCUGGGAGGCUGGGCCAGUGGGUCUUUUAACCAGCCCUGGACGCUGUGCCUGGCCCCUGCAGUCCCCGCAGCCGCCAGCCAGGCCAGCUCAGCCAGCCCUGCCAGCAUGCAGCAGCAGCCCCCACCUGGGCCCCUGGGCCCUGUGGCUGAGCCGACCAAACCUCCCUACAGCUACAUAGCCCUGAUUGCCAUGGCCAUCCAGAGCUCCCCCGGGCAGCGGGCCACCCUCAGCGGAAUCUACCGCUACAUCAUGGGCCGCUUCGCUUUCUACCGCCACAACCGGCCCGGCUGGCAGAAUAGCAUCCGCCACAACCUGUCACUCAACGAGUGCUUUGUCAAGGUGCCCCGUGAUGACCGCAAGCCAGGCAAGGGUAGCUACUGGACGCUGGACCCCGACUGCCACGACAUGUUCGAGCAUGGCAGCUUCCUGCGCCGACGCCGACGCUUCACACGGCGGGCAGGUGCUGAGGGCAUCAAGGGCCCUGCCAAGGCACGCCGUGGACCCCUCAGAGCGAGCAGCCAGGACCCAGGAGUCCCCGAUGCCACGACUGGCAGGCAGUGCCCAUUCCUGCCGGAGCUGCCAGAGCCCAAAGGCCUGAGCUUUGGGGGCCUGGUGGGAGGCUUGCCAGCCAGCAUGUGCCCAGCAACCACUGACGCCAGGCCUCGGCCACCUGCGGAGCCCAAAGAGAUGCCUGCACCCAAGCCAGCAGGCCCUGGGGAGCUCCCUGUGGCCACCUCAUCUUCCCCAUGCCCAGCUUUUGGCUUUCCUAUGGGCUUCUCUGAGGCUGAAGGCUUUAGCAAGGCCCCUACACCCAUCUUGACCCCUGAAGCAGGCAUUGGAAGCAGCUACCAGUGCCGGCUGCAGGCGCUGAAUUUCUGCAUGGGGACUGACCCAGGCCUUGAGCACCUCUUGGCCUCAGCAGCCCCCUCCCCCACACCAUCCACCCCUCCAGCCUCACUUCGGGCCCCACUGCCCCUGCCAGCUGACUCCAAGGAGCCCUGGGUUGCAGGUAGCUUCCCUGUCCAGGGAGGAUCCAGCUACCCAUUGGGGCUGACCCCCUGCCUAUACCGGACACCAGGAAUGUUCUUCUUUGAGUGAAGCCAUCCCGGGCCUCUGCCAAUUAUACCCUCCAGGCUGAGCCUAACUAGGAUCUGAGGAGCUCCCCAAAGAUCCAGGUCUGGCAGCCAACAACUGGGACAGGAAGCCAAGACUGGAGUGGUGAACACUCAGCCAGCCCCUAAGACCCCUGGACUUGGGGGUGAGGGGAGGCAGGGUCCUACUGGGAUUUACUCUAUGGCUCUCAGGGCCAAUAAAGCCAGUGUGAUGAUGAAGGCCAACUUGUUGGGUGGUUGGGGGC